UGGGUGGUUGGUUGGCUGCUUUGUGGAUUUUUUUCUUUUGUUUGUUUUAUCGUUCCUGUUUCUACUUGCAGGUAACAUCAUGGUGCUAUGGUCAACUUGCAGAACUUCAGUACUUAAAUCUGUAACGAACCGUUUCAUUAAGAAUUUGGCCUGCUCGGGGAUCUGUGCCAGCCUCGUCUGUGUGCCUUUUGACAUUGCUCUUAGUGCCAGUCCACACUGCUGCUGGUGGAUCUAUACAAUGCUCUUCUGCAGAAUUGCCAAGUUUCUGCACAAAGUCUUCUGCUCAGUGACUAUCCUUAGUUUUCCAGCCAUUGCUCUUGACAGGUACUACUCUGUUUUAUACCCUCUGGAAAGAAAAAUAUCUGAUGCAAAAUCCCGAGACCUGGUUAUCUAUAUCUGGGCCCAUGCAAUAGUGGCCAGCAUUCCAGUAUUUGCCGUAACCAAUGUGUCUGAUAUUUACGCCAUGUCCACCUGCUCUGAAUCUUGGAGUUACUCCCUUGGCCACGUGAUUUACGUCAUCAUCUAUAACGUCACCACUGUGAUUGUACCAGUGGCUGUGGUGUUUCUCUUCAUGAUUCUUAUUCGCAGGGCACUGAGUGCCAGCCAGAAGAAAAAAGUCAUCAUAGCUGCCUUAAGGACCCCUCAAAACACAAUUUCUAUCCCUUAUGCCUCCCAGCGAGAAGCUGAGCUUCAUGCCAUGCUGCUCUCUAUGGUCAUGAUAUUUAUUUUCUGCAGUGUUCCCUAUGUGACUUUGGUGAUUUACCGCACCAUACUGAAUAUUUCAGAUAUUUCUGUCUUCUUACUCCUCACUGCCAUUUGGUUGCCCAAGGUCUCUUUGCUGGCCAAUCCUCUGUUGUUUUUGAUUGUUAACAAAUCGGUACGGAAGUGCUUGGUGGGGACGCUGGUACAGCUGCACCGCAGGUAUAGCAGGAGAAACAUCGUCAGCUCAGGUGGUGUCACAGAUGCUAAUCUGGAGCCCAGCGUCCGUUCGGGGAGCCAGCUUCUGGAGAUGUUUCAUAUCGGGCAACAACAAAUCUUCAAGCCAACGGAAGAUGAGGAGAAUGAGACCAAAUCCAUUGGCUCUGGUGACUUUCAACAGAAGGAAAUUCCUACCACCAGUUUGGAGGUAGGAGAGACUUCGGUUCAUAAGUUUGUACCACAAAUGAUUUCAGACUCUGCAGCUCAGGUGGCGCCAGCUGUGCCAACAGAAGCUGAUGCGGUAAAUGACAAGUACUCCACACAGUUUGGUUUUGGACCCUUUGAGCUGCCUCCACAGUGGCUCUCAGAAAAACGGAACAGUAAAAAGCGACUCCUUCCUCCUUUGGGGAAUACCCCUGAAGAGCUAAUCCAGACGAAACAGCCGAAGUGUAAAGCAGAAAGGAAAAUCAGCAGAAACAAUAAAGUCAGUAUCUUUCCUAAGGUGGAUUCUUAG